AUGGCGGGGAGAAUGCAAGCCCCCCGAACAGAGGAACCACAACGUAGAGCACAGCAGCCGCAAGCCCGGCGCGGGAAUGGCGAGAAUCCCCACCGUACCCACACAGAAGAUAGAGCCCAUUUACCCUGGAUGCGCCAGAAUCCUUCUCCCCGCCGCGGGAAGGGAAGUCCUCGGGGAUUCAAACUUGCGAAAUCCCCUAAGGUCCUCUCGCUCCAUGGGCCGCGCUGGAAGGUGGGGCAACAGUCCCGGACCAAGAAAGUGCCCGGGAACGCCAGGGAAGAGAGGCCGAGGGAGGAAGUCGAACCUGCGGGAGCUGAGGCGGGGUUGCAAGAUCACGGUGGCCUUGCGAUAGCUGAUAUCGGGCGACGGCGCCGUUUAAUCCUCCUGGAGGACAGUGAUAAUGUGUUUGUUUUUCAAGGCGAGGUGGCCCUCUCGAAGGCAGGCGAACCAAGCCCAGCACAAGAACAGCCGCCGAAAACCUUGGAUCAAGGCAAGAGGCCUGUUGCUGAUGCGGGUGGGCCGCAUGGUCAUUAUGGGCCUGCAGCUGCGGAAGAACAUGGGCUUCAAAGCCAAGUUGGGCUCUCUGAGCAGCGGGAAGGGAGGCCGAAGCCCAGACAGCGGACUUCCAAACUGCGGAAGGCGGCCUUGGCGGAGGACUCUCAGUUGUGCGGGACGGUGGGCCAAGCUGAGGCGGCGCAGCCCACUCGGCGAUCUUCUAAGCCGCGAACCAAGGCCCAGGGAAAUAAAGGGGUGGCGGAUGAUGGUACUGGGACGAGGCUGAAUAAAAAAGGCCCAAUCCGAAGACUUAAGAAAGGGGCGGACCUCCCUCCCUCGCCGGUCCCCAUUGGGCCACCUUCGAGCAUCCAGGGGAAGUUGGACCUUGGCCCUGGCUUGAGUGUAAUUUCCCCGCGGGACUCUUCCGAAGAGGAUGCUCAAUCUUAUGAGUUGAAGCAGAGGUCGCCAGUUCUUGAGGGAGCAGGAGCACGAUGCGAGGGAAAGGGGCAUGUGCGACAGGUGGUUGCUGCUUUCGAAUCUGGCCUAAUCCUGGGUGAACAAUCUGCGGCUGGGGACCUAACAAUUGGCCAGGGGGAUGGCUCUGCUCUUGGAGUGAGGAUUGAUGAGUAUGGAUCCAACUUGCCAGUUCAGCCUAUUGAGGGACGCAAAAGGCAAAUUGAGGAGGUCGAUGGCGAGGUGGGAGAGGUUCCCGCAUCUAAGAAGUAA